CAGUUUGACAGGGCAGGUCCAGUUGAGCCAAGAUGGCGGACUUUGAGGAACAGCUUUCCGACGAGGAGAAGGUCCGCAUUGCUGCAAAUUUUAUCAUCCAUGCUCCCCCUGGAGAGUUCAACGAAGUCUUCAAUGAUGUGCGGCUACUGCUCAAUAAUGACAAUCUGCUCAGGGAAGGGGCGGCUCAUGCCUUUGCCCAGUACAACAUGGAUCAGUUCACACCUGCUAAACUUGAUGCAAGUGAAGAUCAGGUUUUGAUCACAGAGCAUGGAGACCUUGGCCACGGACGGUUUUUUGACCCUCGCAAGAAACAGUCAUUCAAGUUUGACCACCUGAGGAAAGAGGCGACUGACCAACAGUCUCAUGAGGGUGAGGCGGCCCUCAGGCCGUGGAGGGAUGCUUGUGACGAAGCUCUGAGGGCGUACGUCAAAGACCAUUACCCCACUGGAGUCUGCACUGUUUAUGGGAAAACCAUCGAUGGACAGCAAACCAUCAUUGCCUGUAUCGAGGGUCAUCAGUUUCAGCCCAAAAAUUUCUGGAAUGGCCGCUGCCGAUCGGAAUGGAAGUUCUCCAUUUCUCAGCCCACUGCUCAGGUUGUGGGAGUGCUGAAGAUCCAGGUUCAUUACUAUGAGGAUGGCAACGUGCAGCUGGUCAGCCACAAGGAUGUGCAAGAGUCUCUGGUCAUCUCUAAUGAGGUACAGACUGCCAAGGAGUUUGUCAAGAUCAUCGAAAAUGCUGAGAAUGAAUAUCAGACGGCCAUCAGUGAGAACUACCAGACUAUGUCUGACACCACCUUCAAGGCCUUACGCCGGCAGCUUCCCGUCACCCGUACCAAGAUCGACUGGAACAAGAUCCUCAGCUACAAGAUCGGCAAAGAGAUGCAAAACGCUUAGACACACGGCAUGCCUCCGCUCCUGCUCGCGUUACAAGCAAAGAGACAAGCUACGAGGGGCCCAUAUCUAAACCUGAACCUAUACCCGGAUCAAGGGCAGGGCCAAGGCGAGAAGGUCCUUCAAGAAGUGUGCUAAAAAUGUGUCUGUCCUUUUUUUUGUUUGUUUGUUUUCCAGAAGCCACGGUUUGACCUCAGCUGAAGAGACUGCCUCCUUUUCUGUAUUGUAGGAGGGCUGCAAGCUUGUUUUAAUGGGUUUAGCAAAAGUUUUUGCUGUUGAACAAAUACCUCCCAUGACACCAGUGUACAGCAUCAUAAAUAGCCCCUCUAAUAUCACUCACGUCGCCCAAUAGAUCAGCGUUCCGAAUGCUUGACACACACACUGUACUUUUAUUGCACUUAGCCCAUAUGAUCAGUUGAGUACAUUUUGUUUACUUUUUUAGCUACUCCAUACAGAAGAAUAAUUUAUCAAUACAUAGUCCAUUAAAGUCAUAAAGGAUGUCUUGACACCAGUCUGUUGUUUUCCAGCAUAACAAUUGGUCUUUUUUAAAGCGUUGUUGUAAGGUGCCAUCAUUUGAAUGUGCUGUCAAUUGAUCACUGAGAGGGUUGUGCCAAAGUGAGCAUUGUAUUUGUACAGUAAGUCGCAGUAAGGUUACUGUUCUGUGUGGAAAUGGUCCCAUCGUGGUACUCUGGUGUCUAAGAAUGGUAUAUAUACUGUAUGCAGUUACACAAAAUAUUUGUUACCCCUCACUUCAGCCUCCUACCCUAGCUUUUAUUGCUAACUAUUUUUUACAAAUGUAAGAACAAAUAUGAUCCCAGAGGAAUAAAUGAUUUGCACCAAACUGA